UGUCGACGCCGCGGCCCGGCCUGGGACAGGGCAGAACAGGGCGGGAGGGGGCGCCGGCGGUACCCACCCGUCCGCGGCCGUUACCCCCCUAUUCGGCUGCAUCCCGCCAUGUUCAACGUGGAGAGUCUGGAGCGGGCCGAGCUCGGGGAGAGCCUCCUCACCUGGAUCCAGACAUUUAAUGUAGAGGCACCAUGCCAGACCGUGGAAGAUUUAACGAAUGGGGUUGUGAUGGCCCAGGUUCUUCAAAAAAUAGAUCCAGCUUACUUUGAUGAAAAUUGGCUGAACAGGAUCAAAACAGAAGUAGGAGAUAACUGGAGGCUAAAGGUAAGCAACCUGAAGAAAAUUUUAAAAGGAAUAUUGGAUUACAACCAUGAGAUUCUAGGGCAACAGAUUAAUGACUUCAUCCUUCCUGAUGUUAACCUGAUUGGAGAGCAUGCUGAUGCUGCGGAGCUUGGGAGAAUGCUUCAGCUUAUUUUGGGAUGUGCUGUGAAUUGUGAACAGAAGCAAGAGUACAUCCAGACCAUUAUGAUGAUGGAAGAAUCGGUUCAACACGUUGUCAUGACAGCCAUUCAGGAGUUGAUGAGUAAAGAGUCUCCAGUCUCUGCUGGAAAUGAUGCUUACGUUGACCUUGAUCGGCAGCUGAAGAAAACUACAGAAGAAUUAAAUGAAGCACUAGCAAUAAAAGAAGAAAUUGCCCAGAGAUGUCAUGAGUUAGAUAUGCAGGUUGCAGCUCUUCAGGAGGAGAAGAGCAGCUUGCUUGCUGAGAACCAGAUUUUGAUGGAACGUUUAAAUCAGUCUGACUCUAUUGAAGAUCCCAACAGCCCUGCAGGUCGUAGGCAUCUGCAACUGCAGACUCAACUAGAACAGCUCCAGGAGGAAACAUUCAGAUUAGAAGCUGCCAAAGAUGACUAUCGAAUACGCUGUGAAGAACUAGAAAAAGAAAUUGCUGAAUUGAGGCAACAAACAGAAGAGCUUACUACCUUGGCAGAGGAGGCUCAGUCUUUGAAGGAUGAGAUAGAUGUACUAAGGCAUUCUUCUGAUAAAGUAGCCAAGUUAGAAAGCCAGGUAGAGUCAUACAAAAAGAAAUUGGAAGACCUGGGUGAUCUGCGACGGCAAGUGAAACUCUUAGAAGAGAAGAAUACAGUGUACAUGCAAAAUACCGUGAGCCUGGAAGAAGAACUAAGGAAGGCCAAUGCAGCACGUAGUCAGCUGGAAACAUACAAAAGACAGGCAGUUGAACUACAAAACAGGUUAUCUGAAGAAUCCAAGAAAGCUGAUAAAUUAGAUUAUGAAUGCAAACGACUGAAAGAAAAAGUAGACAGCCUCCAAAAAGAAAAAGAUAGAUUAAGAACAGAAAGGGAUUCUUUGAAAGAAACUAUUGAAGAGCUUAGAUGUGUCCAAGCUCAGGAAGGUCAACUCACCACUACAGGACUCAUGCCUCUGGAAAGACAAGAGCCUUCAGACAGUUUAGCAGCAGAAAUCAUUACUCCCGAAAUAAAGGAGAAACUCAUUCGCCUUCAGCAUGAGAACAAAAUGUUAAAGUUGAACCAAGAAGGUUCUGACAAUGAAAAGAUAGCCUUGUUGCAGAGCCUUCUUGAUGAUGCAAACUUGCGGAAGAAUGAAUUGGAGACAGAAAACAGGUUGGUAAAUCAGAGACUUAUAGAAGUGCAGUCCCAGGUAGAAGAACUACAAAAGUCCUUGCAGGAUCAAGGUUCAAAAGCUGAAGAUGCUAUUUCAAUUCUUCUGAAGAAGAAACUUGAAGAACAUCUUGAGAAGCUCCAUGAAGCUAACAAUGAGUUACAGAAGAAACGAGCUAUUAUUGAAGAUUUGGAACCAAGAUGCAAUAAUAGUUCUCUCAAAAUUGAAGAAUUACAAGAAGCUUUACGGAAAAAAGAUGAGGAAAUGAAGCAAAUGGAAGAGCGAUACAAAAAGUAUUUGGAAAAAGCCAAAAGUGUCAUCCGUACCUUAGAUCCUAAGCAGAACCAGGGUGCAGCUCCUGAGAUUCAGGCUCUGAAAAAUCAAUUGCAGGAGCGGGACAGAAUGUUUCAUUCACUGGAGAAAGAAUAUGAAAAGACAAAAAGUCAAAGAGAAAUGGAGGAGAAAUUUCUUGUUAGUGCCUGGUACAAUAUGGGGAUGACGCUGCAUAAAAAAGCAGCAGAAGACAGACUGGCUAGCACAGGAUCAGGACAGUCCUUCCUGGCUAGACAAAGGCAAGCCACGAGCACAAGGAGAUCUUACCCUGGUCAUGUCCAGCCAGCAACAGCAAGUGAUGUGGUUGCAUGACCUGCAGCAUUAUUGUAACAGGCACUGUUCAGUGCAUGACUUGCUUUUCUGUCCAGACUGCAUAACCAAAACUUAACCAGUUCUACACUUAAGACUCAUGGCCAUCUGGUUUCAAAGGGAGAUCUACUUGCAGAGAAGCCUACCAUCCCAGGGAGCUGGCUUUCCCAUUUCCCACUUCCAUUUACUCUUUCUCUUCACAAAAAGUCUCCUAUGAGGCUAGAAGAGAGGGAAUUCAGAACUCAACAGGAGGCGUUCUGCAAACUGACAGAGCACUGUCAGCUCUCCGUUUUACUUCUGCCUGUCCACUUUAUUGAAUUCUGAUUAACAGUAUUAACACACAGAAUUCCUGCAACAGUUUCCUGUACUGAACUACAAAAAUCUAGUCUUAAUAUUCCUAAAAAUGCCUUUUGGUUACUGUUCAAAUUUCAAAGCGCCUGCACCCUUAAAGGAUCCACUUUGAGUUUUUACAUGAUUAAAGUAAAACGAAGGAGGUGUUUUACCAAGAGAAAUGACUAAUGAGUUGCUGCUUGGCCAUCCCAUCUUCCUUAGAAAACAAGGCAAGGUUCAUCUGCAGAUCUCCGAGCCAGGCAAACUCCCAGGGCGGUAUUUUGUUCGCAGACACUGCCUGCUGCCUCACUAUGUAUAUACACAGUAGUCUGUGGCCGUUGUAUUUUUCUCUCUACAUUUUAGCUGUGUUGUCAGUUUCUUUCAGAAAAUUCUUUUUCUUUUCAAUCUGUGUACAAUUGUUAAAACAAUCUGAAGAAAUAAUGGAACAGAGAGAAGUACGAAAGCCGCCUACACUUGCAGUAUUAUGCAGACUGUCCUUGCCAGUUUAUCAUUUUUUGGGUCUUUUAUCUUUCACUUGUACUACUUUUCUUUCUUUCUUCCUUUCUUUCUUUCUUCCUUAUCGCAUUCUUAGCUAUUUAAUUUCCAAUUGCACUAGCUUGGCUGUUCCUUUGUAUUAUGAAUUUUAGCUAAAAGUUUUGCCAUAUGUAGACAGUGUAACUCAAAAUGCUUUGUACUGCCUGUAUUAAUUUAAAAAGCUGCUUAUUUAAUAUUCUUAAAUAUCUGCACAUUUGUACUACUGUAUCUUUGUUUUGUAUUGGGCAUCCAGUACUGGCAAGAUUCAGAAGACAAGGGAGUGCUGUAGUGUUGUAUGUUAAGAGGUUUAUUGUGUAGGAGUUAGUCUGUAAUGAAUGGAUGUGAGGGCUUUUAAGCCAUAGGACUUGCCAGAAAAUCUAAAGUCUGAAUGAUGAAUACUGUAAGUGAUUUGGUUUAAGUCCAGUUCUAGAGAAACCCCAUUCUUGCUCACUUGGAUCUUAAUCCUGCAAAACCAUAAACACAUAUGUACUCUGCUUGUUCUGCUUAUCCAUGCAGUAGCACAACCACCCCCAUGCUGAGAAGUGUGCCUGCAGGUCUCUGCAGUCACUGCUGGCUGCAGAACACAGGGCAAGCCUCAUCCCUGGCUCAUCAAGGGAGGCCCUGGGCUGAGCUGUGUGCUCAGCCCUUGGGGUCUUGUUGCCCUCUGUGCCACCAGCGUUGUGCAGAAUGACUUGGGGAAGGACUGAUCGUUUCUCCCACGGGAGGGGCUCUGACAACCGGCACAGGGAAGGGCCAGGGGGAAUGGGCUUCAGGCACACCGUACAGGAGAGGGGGGGGAUAAGCAUUAAGAUCCCAGUGAGAAGUGUGUGGUGUAUUCUCUUCUGGAUCCCGCACCAGACAGGGGAGCCAGUGGCUGCCAGGUGCUGUGGCUGACAGUAGUCCGGAAAGAUUUCCGGAAGGGGAUAUGUCUCCCAGUCCACCAGGACCUGGGACAGUGAAGUCUGAUGUGACCUGCAGGCAGGAUCUUGGGUUUGGUGGUGACCAGGAGGGUAUUCCUGCAGCAGAGAGGCAGCAGCACUUUCAUCAGACUGAGUCCAGCAAAGCGCUGAAGGAUUUGUCUUUCCAGGUCCUCACCACUGACCCCUUGUUACGUGUUGGGACAAAUGGAAAACUCCUCUUUGUUGGGUGUUAGGGCAUGGAUUGUUUCUCAUUUCCAAGUACUGCUUGGUCCGGAAUUGCACCAGCCCCACACCAGGCUGGGUGCAGACCCCGGGUCAGCGCCAUGCGGGGCGGGAGGGGAUGGCUGUUUUCAUGCACCCGCCUGCAUGAGCGUCCUGAUAGAGCCGAGCAGUACCUCAUUUCUCCACGUGCUCUGUGCAAAUUAGAGACUAAGUAUCAGUUGUUCUUGAGCCUGAAGACAUUUGUAUGUAAGUGUUUAGCUUGACUGAAGUUGUCUGAGUUCACUCAUGCAACAGAGAUGCCGGCUGGAGCCAGCAGCUUUCAGCAAGUGAGCUGGCCACUUGGGUUGGGUGAGCCAAGCAUCUCUGUUAUGAAGUGAUGGUGAGCUCGCAACUCAGAGGUGAUCUCCAGCAUGUCUCUGAUAUACUAACUUUGUUUGUGCUGCAUAGAAAACUCUUUUACGUUCUUAAUAGCAGCUUGUUUGACAGUCCUGAAUUAAGUGUUGACCAAUUAUCAAAGUAACUGUUUGUGAAGUUGCCAGUGAUAUAUUUUUCUGUAAAUGAAUUGAUUCUGAGAGUUCAAAACAUUAAUUUCCCAUUUCAGUUCAUCCAUGAUUUGUGUAACUACCAGAUUGUCAUGGUAGCAGCAUUAAUAUACAUAUGUGUAUAUAGAAAAAAAAUUGUUAGUGAUGUUCAUUGGAAUCAAAAGGUUUAAUAUUUUUUCCCAAUCAAAUCCACUAAUGCUUCCAAGGUGACAGAAUGUACAGUUGUUAAACAAGUUGUAAAUAAACGCUUAUAUAAAAUGUAA